AUGUGGGACGAAACCAACUUCAACAAAGCACCAACACUAGGCCUAAACAAAGUCUCUGCUGCCUCUUCUUCCCAUCUCUGCAACCAAACCCAUCGACCCAAAAUCAUGGAAGAAGUGUGGAACGACAUCAACCUUGCUUCUUUACACGACCACUCUUCUAGGGAAGCGUUCUCGGUUAACUCCAAUCCUCACAUUGCCCUCCAGGAUUUUCUCGCCAGGCCUCUUACCAAUGACCCUCCGACUAAUAGGGCCAACAGCAUGCUGUAUGGUUGUCCUCGGCCACCUCCCGCCACUGUUUUGAGCCUGAAUUCGGAUCCCGGCUUCGAUUUCCUCGAUAACGUGGAUCCUCUCAAGUCCACCUCGCGUUUGCAAACUAGCCCCAUCUCGACUGUCCACACUUUCAAUUGUCCGUUCGAGGCUUUGGCUCAUUCUUCUAGCUUGGCCUCCUUUGGUAAAAGGGUCCAGGAAGCUGAUAACAGUAACAGUGAUCGACGGCACAAACGGAUGAUCAAGAACCGAGAGUCCGCUGCACGAUCAAGAGCUAGGAAACAGGCUUACACAACUGAGUUAGAGCUGGAAGUUGCUCAUCUUAUGGAAGAGAAUGCAAAACUCAGGAAACAGCAAGAACAGUUACGCGUAACAGCUGCCUCUCAAUUUUCCAGAAAGCACACGCUUCAGCGAACGUCAACAGCUCCAUUUUGAGCAAACUAUAAAUCUCUGCCUUCUCUUUUAACCAGAUCCCCUCUUUUUCA